UGUCGAAAUCUGGCGUCCUUCUUCGUAUUGUCUUUAAAUUCCCCUCAUUUAGGCAUCGAUGCCUGAAAAGAUCCCAGACAGCCUGCCUGAUGUCCAACAGAAGGAUUAAAGUACACCAUCUACGCUUCAUACCAGGUCUUUUUUCUCCUCUGGGCUGACGAAGACAGAUGUUCAAUUGCAGUGUUAUCUGUCCUCAGGCUCUUCUGGACAACAGAUGGGUCAGUCGAUCCAGACAGGUCCAACCAUGUCCAGCCAUGUCCCGCAGGCCCCAUAGGCUAAUAAUGUCAGCGGGUGACCUUUCCCAAAGCAAACUUAACUUCUAACUCAAAAUAGCUACAGAAAAACUUCUAGUUUCUACACUUACCCUAAAUUGCAUUGCAAGUCCUGCAGUGAAAGCAAAAAUGUACUUAAACUACUUGGAACUCGCUUCACAGAAUGCAGAUGCAUUUUAGAUUGAAAUCAUGUUGAUGCAUGUCCUUGAUAUUUUGGAUACAGCUACAACUGCUCAUUAGUUUCACUCUAUCACAACCAAAUCAUAAAGGCUGAAGCCAGAGAGCAGAGCCUGUGAAGUGUGCGAGAGAUCCCCAUCCUGUGGCAAACCUGGGAAGUAUCAUGACUCAGCCUCAGCUGUGAAAUGACUUGUGUUGCAUGUUUUAACUCUGUGCCCCAGAGCACAUUGGUCACCUCAGAUGAGAUCUGAUCGUCUGCCAGUCAGCCAGUCUAAAAGAAUUAAUUAGAUAAGUCUGGCUUUAGCAGCUUACAGUUAACAUUUUAUACAUAUACAAUUGGAUCAAUUACAUACACUGUACAGGCUGGCAGAGUUUUUUGCAUCAAUGCAUUUUUAUUUACAUCUGACAGAAGGCAAGGUAUAGUUGUUGUUGAUGUGUGAUUGUUCUUCUUCUGCCAAGUUUUCUUCUGUUUAUGCUCUUAUUUAUUUUUCCAAUAAACUUUCUUGCCUUUGUUUUCGUGCCAUUUUAUUGUGGGUUAAAUGUAUCUGUAACCAUUCAGAAAGCUAAAGCUUUGGGAAUUUACUUAUUUUUAAAAAAAAAACCAAAAAUAUAUUAAAAAAAGGACAAAAAGUGAGGAAAUAGGUGGCACACUAAUUCAGGAAACUCUCUUUAAAUUAGCCAGACAAAAUGGUAUAAGUACAGUGGGACUCAUUACACUGGAGAUGUGCCAAAAGAUGAAAACGGCCAAGGCUGUCAGUAAUCCUUGACAUAAAGCUGUUGUAAGUGGGAUGAGCCGAGCACAUGGUAUCUCAGUGCAGACUCCACUAAGACUCCUCCCCUUAGUUGUACCAUCACAAUAUGUAGGAUGGAAAUGGGUAAAGUAACUCUAUUUACGGGCCGAGGAGGAAACUGUGACCUCUUCGCUGCUCUGAAAACACAGUAGGAGCAUUGUAGGAAGUCAGAAGCUGGCCACAAGAAGUCAGAGAGGUGUGACACACAGGCACCGACACGUGGGUACAUCUACAUUUGCAGCUGAUCGUUACCCUUUGUGGUAAGUGUUUCAUCUUUAUGUUGUUAAAUCUGUGUCAGUGAGUUGAUCAAAGUGAUAGAAAAUACAUCAUGUGAUACAGUAACAACAGUUGAGGCUGCAGUUCUGUCUUUGAAUUUCACUUCUGUAAUUUGGAUUCAAGAUCAGUGGGUUCUCACUGGUGUUUGACAUUAAAGAUUUGAUAUCAGGAGCGACUGCAGAAACAAAUGUCUGAAGUGGACUAGAGCACAUUGACUUAAGCAGCAAACUUGGUUCAAGUAAUAACUGAUCGACACCAGGUGGGUCUUCAUUGGAGCUAAAAAAGGAGACAUUUGAAGCUUGUUUACCUCUGCUUUCCACUAUAAAGGAACCACUGUCUGUCCAUUUUACAUAGUGCUGAGAGGAGGCGAAGUGUGUUCUGUGAAACUAUCUGGAAGUCAAGUCUCAUUGAUGCUCUUUAGACAUUUCAAAUAUUCAAAAUCACAACUAUGUGUCAGUGUAAAAAUUUGCACCAUGACAUACACAUUACAUUAAAUAUAGAAAAAGGUUAUUAGUCAUUCAUUUUAAUAGUUAUAAUGGCUUCAGAAAGCAGUAAUAAAGCCAAAACUUGAGGUGAGCAGGGCCACAUGUGACAUGAGGUUAUUCUGAGGUGGGUUGUUCCUCAUUUAGCCCUCCUGUAUGUUCAGCAGAGCUUUUCGAUGCUGAUCCAGUUACUCAACAGUAAAGGCACACUGAGCUCACACAGCCACACCCACUCCAUGACACACAGAUAACACACACUCAUAAUCCCAGACGGACAGAGGCACGUUAUCCUGACAUCCCAAGCAAACUUUAGAUCUGUUAAUGUGGUCAAUCUGAGGCCUUGCAGUGAUAUACACGCUGUGAUUCUGAGGAGAUGAUAUCGAUUUACAGAGAGCUUUCCAGGGAGGAUAAUUCACUGUUUUUUCAAAAUGUUCUUGUAGAUGUAGCCAAACGAAACAGCACCAUCACCUGUAUUGCUGUUGGAAGAUGGCCACCGCAGCGGUGGACCCCCACCUGGGCUCCGGCCCUGAUGAGGACGACGUCUCUCUUUCGGGGAGCGAGUCAGAUUCAGACAGCAUCCUCUCCGACGACUCAGUGCUUCCAGAUUAUAUGCCAGCGAGGAAAGACGGGAACGCGGCAACAACACUGUAUGAAGCAUGCAACCGCAAUGACCCCGUCACCCUGCUGAAGGUUCUGGAGAGAGGGGUCACACAAGAGGAAGUCAUGGAGCUGGACAUCAACGGCUGGAACGGCCUGAUGGUUGCCUGCUGCAAAGGCUUCAUUGACAUUGUGUACGGGCUUCACAACUGCCCCUUUAUAGACAUAAAUCACCAGGACAAUGAGGGCAACACCGCUCUGAUGAUUGCAUCCCAAGCAGGUCAUGUCAGCACAACAAUGUACCUCCUGAACUACUACCCCGGUAUAGACACCGAAGUAAGGGACUGUCGAGGUUUCACAGCCCUAAUUAAAGCUGCUAUGACGGGCCGCACUGAUGUCAUGGCUGCCCUUGUUAUGGCUGGGGCUGACAUAAACGCAGUAGACUCCACCAAGGGGAAAUGUGCUCGGGAGUGGGCACUGAAAACUGGUCGUUAUGAGACCCUGCAGCGUCUCCGCCGCCUUAAGUUGCGGCCAAAGGCUGAGCAGUUCUGUGAGAGUUAUGUCCUUGAGUGGCCUGAGCUCAAGGAGAGGGUCGCCACUGCCAUGGCUGUGAAAACUACCAGGGAAAAAAUUACCCAGCGGAUCAAAAACACAUUCGGAAUCCGACUUCCUCGUGACCCGGAGGACAACGGGUGCUUGGACCACAUGGUGCGCAUGACCACCAGUGUCCACAGUCCCUUAAUCUCAACUGGAUGCCGUCCACUCUGCCCUACAAGCCCUCCUGAGAUGGGAAAGAGGCGACUGGCUGUGCCAGAGCUGGUGAAGAAACACUCAGAUAAGGAGUUAGAAAACAACUCGGUGUGCCAUAGCAAUGGCUCCGUAUCACACAUCAUUCCAUCAAUCCACUCUGCAGAGUCAGUCACUGCAGCGUGCUGUGUCGAGACAGAGCGGCGAGGCAGCAUGCUCUCACUCGCUUCUACCAAAGUUGCUGCUACAUUCAUUCCCCGCAGUAUGGCGAGAAGGAACAGUGUGUUCCCCUCUGGAUGCAUCCCCAAGAUCAGCGUCAACAGGCCUUUGGAGGCAACACCAAAGAAAGAAAAGAAGAAGAAGAAGUUGGAUAAAAAAUUCCUGGAACCACCCAAGUGGAGGUACAAGGAGAUCAAGGAUGAGAAAAAGAAGGAGAAGAAGAGAGCUGAGAAGGAAAAGAAAGAGGCAGAGAAAAAGGAUAAAAAAAAGGAAAAAAGUGACAAGAAGGCCAAAACCUAGGACUUUCUAAAAAGGGCUCAUUUUGCCUUGUGAGUUGUCCCUUUUGAAAACAAUAUGGUUUUAAAAACUACAUUAACCUCUUGACAUCAAAUCAUUUUUCAUGGAAGGCAAAUGUUCAAUCUAAAGACAGAAUAAGGAAGAGGGAGGAUAUUUUUUCUUUGAAAAAAAUGAGUGAGAAACGUCAAGUACUGAAAAGACUCUUUGGGAGGGAGUUUGAGGCUUUUAGCCUCCAAAAGUUGAGAUACGAUAAAUAUUACGUGUAUUUUGAUUUAGGAUAGAAAAGAGUGUAUUUUUCCACAAAUAUAUUAAAGAUUUGACUAUGAGGACCUUCUUAACAUUGCCAUUAUAUUACAUUAAUAUUAUGAUAUCAUAAUAAAUACAAUUCAGUUUCACAGGUGCUGACACAUUUAUGGUAUCUAUCACAUCAAUAACAUAAAACUCAGACAGAAAGGCAAAUAUUAUUUACAGACCUGCAUUCUCUAUGCAAGUUGUAAAUAAAGACACAUAUAGCUACCUCAUAGCUCAUUUGCAUUGUUAUGUAAUGUUUCAUGUUUUGUGUGAAAUCUGUUGACAUUAUUUUUUUAAAUAGCUCACCGACAAUUGUGAAUGCAGUACAAGAUGUAGCAAACAUGGAUCAAACUGGAGAAUCUGUUUCAUCCUGUAGUUAACUUUUAUGUUUUAUUGCCAUUUCUGAUGCUGCCAAUAACAUAUUCAUAUGACACGUUCUUCUUCUAUUAACUCUAUGAGUGCAUAGAUUCAACUUGCUUGAAUUAACAAAUAAAUAUAGGAGAGGGAAAGAUUCAAGUUAAUCAAUGCUGUCAUUUGUGUUUUAAACUACACCCAUAAACUUUUUCCAUAUAAAGGCUGUACCACCAGGCUCUGACGUCUCUCUAUUGAGAUUUUAUUUUGUCUCGUUGUUUUGAUUAUCUAGCCUGCGAUUCCACUCUCAUCAACCUUGUUUCCGGCCGCAACUUGAAACUGUUUCUCAGCCUUUGAUAGCUAAAGAGCCAGUUAUUUUUGUCUGAGGUUUGCGGAGGACCCAGAGCUAAAAACUGGAUUUAUGACUUCUCUAAAAAAUGACCAUUGAUGUUCCUCCAUACAUGCUGGAUGUGAAAAAAAGGGAACUGUUUGUUAACAUGUUCACAAGCUUAUGUUCAUUCAUUGGA